AUGACUGCCAUAACACAAAAUCUGCCUUGGUUCGUCAAAGACCUCGGAAUUUCUAUCGUUGGAAAGGAAUGCUACACGUCACUCGUCGAGAACCUGCACCUCGGAGAUGUGAAAUGCCUCAAGUAUUCGCUUUCUAAAGGACUCGGUAUCGGGAUUGUUGUUGGAGGGUCUAUUAUGAAAGUACCCCAAAUUCUACUCAUUGUCAACGCGCGCUCAGCACGCGGCCUUUCGCUGCCUGCGUACAUCCUCGAAACGCUGAGCUACGGCAUCACGCUCGCCUACUCCUUCCGCCACCAAUUCCCUUUCUCGACAUACGGCGAGAAUCUAUUCCUCACCCUCCAAAACAUCCUCAUCACACUCCUCAUCAUCCACUACGCUCCCACCCGCUCGUCGCAGCGAUCUCAAAAGCUAAUCACAACCACCCUCGCAACGCUUGCGUCUUCGUUUGCGUUGUACACGCUGCCGACGCAGACGCUCUCGCUGCUGCAAAUGACCACGCUCCCGCUAUCCCUCUUCUCCAAGCUCCCGCAGAUCAGACAGAAUUACCGCGCGCAGUCGACGGGCCAGCUUUCAGCUUUCGCUGUGCUCUCCCAGAUCGCAGGAUGCCUCGCGCGUCUAUUCACAACUGCGCAGGAGGUCGGCGACGGGCUCGUCGCAGCGGGCUUUGCACUGGCGCUCGCGCUGAACGUUGUGCUCGGUGCACAGCUAUAUAUUUAUUGGGGAGAGAACGGCGCUCAGAAGCAACGUGCCGACUACGAGAUGCACGAGAAGAUUACGAGUACGAGCGCCACUGCGACAUCGUGGGACGCGCAACCGCAGAUCCAUCAGCCUGUUGCGACGCGCUCGUAUGCGUCCGCCGCGACACUCUCCCCUCCGCCCAAUACGAAUGCCAAUACGAAUGUGAAUGCGGCAAAUGGAAGGCAGUCGUCCCCGAGCCCCAGCGCUGCGCAUCGUGUGUCGACCCCGCCACCGCGCACGCCCUCAUCUGCUGGUGGACGGAAAUGGGCCAGGAAGGUGGAUUAA